AGAGGAUUUAUUAUUUCUGUAUACUAAUAACAAAGUGUGAUGAAUGCCUUCGGCUGCCGUUCCACAAUAAACAAUCACAGGCCUUAUUUGAAGCCCAUCUGAGCAUCUACAGCAUGUCUUUACCUCUCCAACUUUUUACAGAUCCACUGAACAGUCCAGGAAACUGUGCUUGUAGGUGCGGUCCUGGAGAAAAAUGGGGUGUCUAUGACUGUGGUGCUGGGCGUUCUUUCAUGUGUUCUGAUGAGAAGCUUAUUCUGGUGAAGGAGAGUAAGACGUGGGAGGAGGCCUUAGAGCACUGCAGGUCUCUGGAGAUACUGGACCCAAAUGUGGCCACAGCUCCUUACCGGAACUACCGCUAUGAUCUGGCCACCCUGAUCAGUCAAGACGACCACACCAAGGCUCGAGAGAAAGCACAAGAGGCUGACUCUCAAUCGGUGUGGACGGGUCUGCGUCACCUGGCUGGUCAGUGGAUGUGGGUGAGCGGAGAACCGGUGACGUAUGAGACGAUUCUAACCUGCCCCCAGUCCAAGGCCUGUGGCGUCAUGCCCAAGGAAGGAAACGAAACCUUCAGUAUAAGGGAGUGCCACCAAAGGAGGAACUUCCUCUGUUCUAGGAGGCCUUAAACCAGUGGUGUCAUGUAACCAAGUACAUUCACUGGAGUUCUGACUUUAAGUACAAAUUUGAGGCAUCUUUACAGUUUAUAAGACAAAGUACUUGUCUACUGCUUCAUGUCAGCAGAAGAUGUUAUCCUUUCUACUCCACUAUUUUUAUCUGACUGCUAUAGUUAUUUUGCAAAUUAAGCAUUUGUUUUGGGGGUUUUUUCGUAGAAAAUAGUAAAAUUCCGUUGAACUGAUUAUUAGUUUUUAUGGUAAACAUAUAAUAAAUAACAUUUCAUGUUUUUAACUUCCUAAAUGUAACAAAGUAAAAAGUUUUACACGCAUCAAUGCAUUCUAAUAGUCUGAUGAUAUUGUACCACAGAGUCCGUUUCUGAUUAUGUUUUGCUUUAAGUACAUUAUCCUUAUAAUACUUAAACAUACUUGUACUUAAAGUGGCAAUCUGAAGAUAUUAAUUUAAAUAAAUGUCUGUUUAAUCAUCAAAUGAGGUAACACAGUGGUGACUGAGCCGAUGACCCACUGAUGGAGUUAUAUAACGCAGAUUUUUAAGGUGGUCACUUUAACUGACAUACCAUUUACAGGCUUUCCUAUCAGCAUUAUAUAUAUAUUUCUAUUUAAAACCUGGGAGCUCUCAGUAGAGGGAUGUAGUUGCCAAAUGUAUGCAUGUUUACCUGGUUCUGUGUUUCACUGUGCACCUACUUGAGGAUAAACUUGUCUUGAUUUUGCCUUAAAGUGAUACACAAUGUAAUAAGUGCUUAGUCUGUCAUGUAACACAGAUAUUUUGCAUGGAGGUGAAGCAUUUUGCUUGAAUUUACACCUACGGCUAAGCACCUAGAAUUUCUGACCUUGACCUUUCAUCCAAGGUCAAAUGUCACCUCACCUGUGUGGGUUCCUAUGCGAUUGUAACAAGAAACUUUGUGUUUGUCGUACACCUUUUACAAGUUAUAAUGGAUUUAAAAUGUGUGGUGAUUGAAGAACUUCAGUGUGACCUUGAAUUGAUAGAAAGUCGUCUGUAGUUGAAAUGAUUUGAUUCCUGCUGCAGCAUGUUUUUUUUUGUAGCCUCAGGUGCUUUCAUUUUGUAUUCAGAAUUAGAUGUAUAAACCUAAUGAUUGUCCGAAUAACAAUAAAUGGAAUAAAAAGCUUGAUUACAC